AGUUGAUAUUUAUUUUCACUGUUGACGUGUCGAUCGUUAUUUUUCUUGAAUAAUCUAUUCGAACCUUACUACCAGAAAUACGGGUCCCCUCAUAAUUCUCCCCACCAAUUGAGACUUAUCUCUGAUAAAACGGUUUCUCCAUCGGUCUAUCCCCUCGUCGAGUGUCUCAUACGUGGUGGAAGUUGCGUAGUCUCACAGCGUGUCCGCCAGUCACAACUUGAACGCUGACGUGUAACAUUCCCCAGAGUUUCACACCGGCAACUUGUCAUUGUUGAUCUAUAAGAUGUGGCGAGCCCUGUGGAUGAUCCUAGCCCUAGCCCUGGCCCUGGCCCCUGCCUCAGCAGAUUCUGACGUUGAUGACGCCAGUGUUGAGGUAGAUCCUAGUGAAAAUAUUGACGUCAAUAUCCCGGGGAUCGAUAAAAAGCUGCCGACUCCUGGGGAACUCCUCAAGAUGCUGGACUCGAUGGACCUGUCUGAAGAGGAGAAACAGAAUAUUCGGGAGAAUAUAAUGAAAAGUGCAGAGAGUCUUGAUGAUGUCGUCAAGGGAUCUGGAUCUGGAUUCCUCUAUCAGGCACUGGUGCUUCUCUCUCUGCUCAGUGUUCUGGCACUGAUUUUCGGAUUCUUCGGGUACAAGCUAUACAAGAGUCUCGUCGACAAGGAAAUCAAACGCGAGAUGAAGAGGAAGCAGAGGGAAAUGAAAAAGAGGAAGUGAGCCUCUCUUGUUAAUUUAAUUUUAGAAAAUAUUUUUAUACGUUUGGUGAGACAAUCAAAAAGACUCUUGUUUUGUAUAGUGAGAAUUUUCCGAUGAUUAAAUGACUUGUUAUAAUGAAUAAA